UAAGUCUUCAAAAAAAAAAAACACUAAAUUUAAAAAAUCUACCACCUUUUACAGAUCAAAACCCUCUUAAUUUCUCCGCUUAAGGAUCAGAUCGGGUUUCGAACAGUUGCGCUCUUAACUCGAACCUUCGAAAGGUGUAAAAUCUUGUGAGUUAAGAUGUCAAUGAUUGAAGAGCCUUUGUAUCCCAUUGCGGUGUUGAUUGAUGAGCUCAAGAAUGAAGAUAUCCAGCUUCGUUUGAACUCGAUUCGUAGACUUUCUACGAUUGCACGUGCACUUGGGGAAGAAAGGACUCGGAAGGAAUUGAUUCCGUUUCUGAGUGAGAAUAAUGAUGACGACGAUGAAGUUCUACUUGCUAUGGCAGAAGAAUUGGGGGUUUUUAUUCCUUAUGUUGGAGGUGUGGAAUAUGCUAAUGUAUUGUUACCUCCAUUGGAGACUCUUUGCACUGUUGAGGAAACUUGUGUGAGGGAUAAGGCUGUGGAGUCAUUGUGUAGAAUUGGUGCGCAGAUGAGGGAGCAGGACUUGGUUGAGUAUUUUAUUCCACUAGUGAAGAGAUUGGCUGCUGGUGAGUGGUUUACAGCUCGAGUUUCCUCAUGUGGAUUGUUUCAUAUUGCAUACCCUAGUGCCCCGGAGGCACUAAAAACUGAAUUAAGAGCGAUAUACAGUCAGCUUUGCCAAGAUGACAUGCCAAUGGUUAGGAGAUCUGCUGCGACCAAUCUUGGAAAAUUUGCUGCUACUGUAGAAGCACCUCAUUUGAAGGUGGACAUCAUGUCUAUGUUUGAUGAUUUGACACAGGAUGAUCAAGAUUCUGUUCGCCUAUUGGCUGUUGAGGGUUGUGCAGCACUUGGAAAGUUGUUGGAACCCCAAGAUUGUGUAGCACAUAUUCUCCCUGUUAUAGUUAAUUUCUCACAGGAUAAGUCUUGGCGUGUUCGUUACAUGGUCGCAAAUCAAUUAUACGAGCUGUGUGAAGCUGUCGGACCUGAGCCUACUAGGUCGGAACUAGUACCUGCUUAUGUUCGCCUACUUCGUGAUAAUGAAGCUGAAGUGCGGAUAGCUGCUGCUGGAAAAGUAACUAAGUUUUGCCGAAUUCUGAAUCCAGAAUUAGCUAUUCAGCACAUUCUUCCUUGUGUCAAGGAACUAUCAACAGAUUCAUCCCAGCAUGUUCGAUCUGCUUUGGCCUCAGUUAUAAUGGGAAUGGCACCUGUUUUAGGGAAGGAUGCGACCAUAGAGCAAUUGCUUCCAAUAUUUCUUUCUCUUCUGAAAGAUGAAUUUCCAGAUGUCCGACUGAACAUCAUUAGCAAGCUUGAUCAAGUCAACCAGGUGAUUGGAAUUGAUCUGCUGUCCCAGUCCCUAUUACCAGCAAUUGUGGAGCUUGCAGAGGAUAGACACUGGAGGGUUCGGCUUGCGAUAAUAGAAUACAUCCCUUUAUUGGCAAGUCAGUUGGGUGUUGGCUUUUUCGAUGACAAACUUGGUGCACUCUGCAUGCAAUGGUUGAAAGAUAAGGUUUAUUCCAUUCGUGAUGCUGCUGCUAAUAACGUGAAGCGCCUGGCUGAAGAAUUUGGACCAGAUUGGGCAAUGCAGCAUAUAGUUCCACAGGUUUUAGACAUGAUUAACAAUCCUCAUUAUCUGUAUCGGAUGACCAUUCUACAUGCAAUUUCUCUACUUGCCCCCGUUAUGGGCUCAGAUAUUACUUGCUCAAAACUUCUCCCUGUGGUUAUCAAUGCUUCAAAAGAUAGGGUACCCAACAUCAAGUUUAAUGUGGCCAAGGUGCUGCAGUCACUUAUUCCUAUUGUUGAUCAAUCUGUGGUGGAGAAGACAAUCCGUCCAUGCUUAGUUGAAUUGAGUGAGGAUCCUGAUGUGGAUGUGAGGUUUUUCGCCACUCAAGCCCUAGAGUCAUGCAAUCAGGUCAUGAUGUCUUAGCUUUUUCUUACAAGAUUCUCAUUUAACUCUUUUUUUCUUUUCUUUUCUUGUUCCUUUCUCUGCUGCUAAGAUCCUUUUCAGACUUGCUCUUCUUCAUUGCUAAGAAAAUUGUGUAGGCUUAUAGCUGGAUUAUCCCAUCACAUGGCUUUUACUUGUACUGUUAUUAUUCUAAUGAUGGAAAUUAAAGAAA